AUGGGUCUUCAUUUGGUUACCUGGAUUCAAUUCGGCUUAGACCCGGUGUCUAUUGUACUAUACAGUAGUCAUAGACAUGAUCACGAUGAUGAAACCCACACGGUUUUUAUAAGGCAUAAGCAUUUUGAAACUGGCUACGGAGGAUCCACAGGCCAGCAAAAAAUUGCUGAAAAGAGAGGAAGUAGCACAAAAGUCAAGCUAUAG